AUGGAUAAGAACAUUGAUGCUUUUGUUUCCGAUAACAAUGUGCGUCUAACUUGGAUUGCCUUCUUCACCCAAUGGGUCCUUUGGGGUGCUGUGUACCUGCUACGCCACGUUGUCAGUGAAGGUGGCGAGUCAUCCAAGACCUCUGAAGAUCCCGAGACAGCGGCAAAGAAGGAAGGCAAAUUCUGGAAAGGGUCCACUGAUGGUAGACUUGAGAAUCGUGUUGCCAAUCUCAACAACGUCCUUCGUGAAAACACCUUGCUCUUGCUCUCGGUGCUCAUUCUCAACACGUUUGGUAAUGCCUCCACCCGUGCCGUGAUGAUCAUCACCUGGAUCUACUUUGCAUUCACGGUGGUCUUUGCAUUCAGCGAAUUGAUUUAUGGCAACCGUGUUGUCCGCCUCGGUUACAGUGCCAUCUUUUAUGGUCUUACACUUGCCAUUGGAGGCCUUUCUUUUGCUCAAGGAUGGUAA